ACUAAGCGUGAGGUUUCUGACCACUCCUAGGGGCAGUGAGGUUUGGAGUUCUUGCUCAGACCUCUAAGUGCUCCUGAGCUUGACACUCACCUUCAGCGUGGCUUUCCCUGGAGCAGGGGGCAAAGUCCGGGUCCUGCAAAGAAGAGGCAGUGCAGAGAGAAAGGCCGGUGGGAAGCCUGUUAUUUGACCACAGUUUCCUCCUGGCCAUCCCAGCUCCUCCCCCAAGGCAGAAGGGAAGACCCAGGAUCUAUGUGCCAAGCAGGGCUGUUGCCUCCACAUCCAGACUCACGCUUGUCCCUGGAGGUCCCCGCUUCCCUCUGCCCGUGGCCAACCCUCCCCAAGUCUCCCACUCCCCAGGCUGGCCUUGGCCUUUCCCAUUUUGUUCAUCUUAGAAGGCUGGAAGAGCUGAGCAGAGUCAGACCAGCUCCCGGUUCCCUUUCCCCUGUGUCCCCUAUGUCCCCUGCUGCCAGCACACAGGGAAAGGACUGGAUGGUCUGGAAAGCCUCGCUCCUGCCACUGCUGCUGCUGCCACUGCUGAUCCCAGGUUCAUGGGCACUACCAGAGGCUCAGCAUCUUCAUCGAGUGGCAGGGCAGACACUUUCAGUGACAUGCCGGUACACCCCCAAAGGCUGGCCCUACCAAAGGAAGGGCUGGUGUAAGGAGGUGUCGCCGUUCAAGUGCACCAGGUUAGUCAGCAGCUCCAGUCCCCACAAGCUGGUUCAAGCCUCUCGAUUCUCAAUCUGGGACAACCCUAGCACCGGCCUCUUCAUCGUCACCAUGAUUGGUCUGAAGGAGGAAGACUCGGGAUACUACUGGUGUAGAAUCUACCAUGCUUCCAGCAACUCUGUCUCUAAGUCUGUAAGAUUCUAUCUGGCAGUGUCUCCAGCUCCUACCUCCAUGCAGGCCACCCAGGCUUCCAGUGAACUGGUCUCAUCACAGACCCAGAGCUCUUUUCCCACCACAGCUUCCUCUACCACCAUCACCCCUUCACAGCCACAAAACUCCACCCUCCACUCUGCAGCCCCCAGCACUCUGGUGCCCGUGCUCUGUGCCUUCCUUGUGGCCAAGAGCCUGGUGCUAUCGGCCCUGCUUGUCUGAGCCUCAAGGAGUCCACACGUACAACACAGAGGGAGGUCUCUGAUGUGCCCAGCUCAGCCCAGACACCAGGCCUUGGGGUCCAAGAAGGAUGGCCAAACUCCCCCAGGCCCCCGAAGAGCUCCUCCGUGGCCUCUGAACCCCAUGCUUUCUGCAAAGAAAA